AGAGAGCGGAAUAUUUUCAGAUUGUCUGCAUUUUUCUAACGUGCAAUGGUCGGUGUUGUUUGAGGAGCGUUUCGCGGCAAAUGAGAAGGUUAAGCACUUGGAAUAAAACCGUUUUUUCGCAAUUGCGUCUCCACUGGCUUGUUUCUCGAACAGCGGUCGUCCAUGUUGCCUGUCAAGUUGGUUGCCGCUGCGCACGUCAGCAUGGAAGGCAGCGUCUAAUGUUAAUCUGCAGUUUGUCGGUAACGGGAGCAUUUCUUUCGUAAAAUCAGGUCAUACAGCUCACGUACAAUGACUAUUAAAGUCUUCCUGGAGGCGACUCCUCUGGUUGUCGAUUUGGAGUUUCCCGAAGGCAUUCAAGCAGGGGCAUGCCUAACUAUCAUCUUAACUUCACCGAGGCAGAAACUGGUUGGUGAAGAUAAACAGGGCAUUCAGUUCAGCCAUGUCAAUGACGAGAUCAUACCAGUUGUUCGGACAGUCACCGUGGAAGACGAUCUGGCUACGUGCAUCCGGACGCUGCAGAAGGUCAAAAUUGAGGCAGCACCAUUGGCCAGCGGCAAAUUGCCCUGCAUUGUCAGGCUGGCUCCCAAGGUCUACUCGGAGAAAGAGGACAGCACCGAGCAGGAGCAGUCGUUUCCUCCCAUUGGCAAGGUACUCGACUGUCUCCCAGGCAGCCCCACCAUGUUCCCCGCUGGGUCAUCUGAUGAGUCUGAGGAUAGCUCUGCAGAAGAGGACAACGACCUCGACUUUGAGGUUCCCACUGGCUUUAGUGACCACCUACAAGUGCAGCCAGAUAUUCCGGAGCUGCCAAGUGUGCUGGGCUCACGUGCCGACAGCCCCUUUGAAGAAUUGGCUCCUGGCUCUUCUACACCACAAUGCAUGGUGUGCAGCUACUCGGCAGAUUCAGCGGACGACCUGCGCUACCAUGUGCGCUUGCAUGCGGUGCAAGGCGAGCUGUGCUGCAAGCUGUGUCGGCAGCAGUUUCGCACCCUGGUUGACUUCAAGGAGCACUGUGACAGCCAUAGCUCCAAACCAGCGCAGAAGAUGCCACGCCGCGCUCCCACCAUGCUCUCAUGCGGCAUCUGUGGGAAGAUGUUCCGCUCACAGGCCUGGCUGGAGCGCCACAUCCAGCAGCGGCACGGUGGCAAGGAUACGGACAGUGUUGAAAGUGCUCCUGCUUCUCAAGACCGGGGACCCCCGAUCCUGCAGUGUUGUGUAUGUGCGCGUACCUUUGCUUCGGCAUCCGCUUUACAGGAACACGAACAGUCACACUACGAAGGGGAGCCAGCCAGCUCGGGAGAUCAUGCCUGUCCCCAGUGUGGUCGGUCCUUCAGCAGCUACCGAGGUCUGCGCAUGCAUCAGCGCAUGCACUGCCGCUUUCAGCAGAGUGGCCGGGAAGGUGCAACCAAUGAGCCGGUGAUUGAGACAGUGAUCGCAGCACCAUUUGACACCAGCAUAGCACCUACGACUCCCAUGGAUGGAGAGACGGUCUUCUCGGAUGCAAUGAUGGUGCCCCUGCAGUCAGUCGGGGAUGAAGGUGGUGACAGCAGCACCGAAGCAGCUGCAGUUACAAUGGAUGUUGAAAUGGCAACAGAGGACAGCGGCAACAAGGAGGCACCAGCGAUGGAGCACGCGUGCCCCCUGUGUGGCAAGAUGUUUGGACGUGCCCUGAAGCGCGACCAUCACAUGGUGCGCAAGCACACCAAGGCGUACCCGCUGCAGUGCACCAUGUGCCGCCGCGGCUUCAUGUUUCGCAAGAACCUUGACCGCCACUUCCAGGAUGCGCACAGCGGUCACUACAUGGUCACAAUGGUUCCAUCAACAAGUGUGCAGCCCGAGACGGCCUCUGGCACAAGGAAGGCACAAUUCAAGUGCAACUACUGUGCCUACACUGGGUCUGGCCUGGUGGACAUCCAGGUACACCUGUCCGCUCACCCGGAGAUCCGCUUCUACGCCUGCGACCGCUGUGACAAGGAGUUUUCCAGCGAGGUGCGGUACCAGCGGCACAUAGAGCGGCGCCAGUGCCGGCAGCGGCCCCAGUGCGACCAGUGUGGCAAGUGCCUGAGCAGCCAGACAGCACUACGCAACCAUCGCCUCUGCCACAGCCAGGAUCGAGGCUACAGCUGCGAUCAGUGCGGAGAGAGCUUCAAGACCAGCACCACCCUCAAGUACCACCAGCAGGCAAAACACGGUGCCAACAAGCCGUUCAAGUGUGAGCACUGUUCCAAGGGCUUCAAUUUCCUGGCCCAGAAGAAGCGCCACAUGAGCCGCAUUCACCUGCGCCAGACCAACCACGCGUGCACUAUGUGCCCAAUGCGCUUCAUGACCCGGCGCGAGCUCAUGCUGCACCUGCUCUGCGGACACAAGUUCCAGCCGGAAAUGUCCGACAAAGGUGCUGCCCUGAUGCCUGAUGGAUCCAGUGCACCAAGCUUGAAGCUGUUCCGGUGCGAGCACUGCGACUAUGUGUCGUAUAGCCGCAAGGGCUACCUGCGCCACCUGGUCGACCACACGGGGGUGUGGCCCUUUGCGUGCGACCUCUGCAGCAAGGGCUUCAUUGAGCGAAACCAGGCCGAGCGGCACAUUCGCACAGCGCACACGAGUGAGAGCUACCCGUGCCCCAAGUGUCCCCGCGUCUUUGUGCUUCCUUCAAGUUUCCAGGAUCACCUGCAGGCGCACGAGGAGCAGCGGGGCAGCACGUGCAGCCAGUGUGCCAAGUACUUUGAGACGCAGGGCUUGUACGACCUGCAUCUUCAGGCCCACUCACGUGACCUGCACUACCGGUGCCACGUUUGUGGCCAGGGCUUCAACAAAAUUGCCUCACUCAACUUUCACACCAUUGUGCACAAGCACGAGAAGGCUGGCCCGAACACGUGGGGCCACGCAUGCGACGUGUGCAAGAAGCGCUUCAAGUACCCGGGCAGCCUGGCCGCCCACCGCUACCGCCACUCACAGGAGACCCGCUUCAAGUGCGACCUGUGCCAGGUCACACUGCACUCCGAGGGAGUCUUUGAGGCACACAUGCGUCGACACCGUGGUGAGAAGCCGUUCAAGUGCACCUUCUGCGAUAAGGCGUUCACGCUGGCCAUGUCUCAGCGUCACCACAUCACCCGUUUCCACACUGGUGACUACCAUAUCUUCUGCCCGCUGUGCAACAAAGGUGUGGUCUCCAACAAGAUGCUGCGCCGUCACCUGUUCCACGUUCACAGCACGGUGUUGCGCAAGGCAGUGCCCGUGAUGGAGGACAGUGGCACCUCCUUGGAAGUGACCACGAUAGACGAAGCGGCUGUGCUGGCCACUGCGGUUGAAGAAGAAGACAGUGUCGUCGAGCUCCACCCUGGAGAAGCGGAUGACACGCUCAGUGUGGCAGACGACGGCACCCUGACUGUUACCCUGCCGGCCGACGCACUGCUGCUCGGUGCGGUCGAAUCAGUUCAAGGGGUGGAAACGGUCGUUGAGACUGUACAAUUUCAGUAAUGUCUCUGGAUUAUGAUCCCCCUUUUUUGUGCAGUUGUUGAGGUUGUUCUUAUAGUAUCUUUUUACUGUAUGUUGACAAUAAAAUGAAGUUGUCGAAUGCAAA